AACAAGGCAGCCCCGGGAACGCGCAAGAAGGUUGGCAUACAAUGGGCGGCGGUGUCUCAUCUCUCCCGGAUGAGGUCUCGCUUGCCGAGGCAAAAGAGCUGGCGGGCGCCAGGUGGCAGCCCGCGUGGGAGGAGAAGUUCGCGGAAGCCAAGAUCUCCAGGGACGAGGCGCUGCGAUGCUGGACGGAGGCCAGCAGGGGCGCGGACGGCCCGGCGAGCAAGGGCGCGGGGCCGCCGGACGAGAGGAAGAAGAAGAAGUCCGCCACCGCGAAAGCGCUAUGGCAGAAAGGCGUCGCGAAGGUGGGCUGGAUCGCGCACGCGAAGGCGCGGGCGGCGGCGAUCGAGCGCGCCCAAAGGGCAGGCAUUUCGGAGCAGCUCUACGAGAAGCUGCACGGCGUCGACCGCUCCGGUGUGGCGGAGGCGCUAGACUUUUCGGCCAUCAUUGCGGAGAAGCGCGGGCAGCACCUGCCCGGCACGCGCGAGUGGGUCUUCGAGGCGGUCAUGCGCUGGCGCACGGAUCCGGAAGCUGCGAAGCUCUUCUGGCUCGUCGGUGGCGGCGGCACGGGCAAGAGCGUCGCCGCGGCCGAGUUGCUGGCACGGCUGCUCGACAAAGAAAACGUCGCGGCGUGGCAUUUUUGCAAGCACACCGAGCCGGCGCGGUCCGCUCCAGCGGCGCUGUUGCGCUCCUUAGCCGGCAUGCUUUGCGCAACGGUCGAGGGCUUCGAAGACGCCCUGCGCGAGGGCGGCGGCAGCGACAACGCGACGGACAAGGUCGACGAGCUCUUCCAGGCGCUGAUCGCCGAGCCGCUGCAAAACGUCGGGGCGCCCCGCGGCGCGGACGACGCCCUCGUAUUGAUUGUUGAUGCGCUCGACGAGCUACCGCGCGACGCGCUGCAACCAGUGUUAUCGCUGCUUGCGAACGAGCUCAAGACAUUGCCGCCAUGGAUUAAACUCGUCGUGACGAGUCGUGAUGAAGCUCAAAUUAAAGCCAGGCUCUCAUGCUUCACGCCGUCGGAGCUGCGCGUCGACGAGGCGCGGAACCGGCAGGACGUUCGCGCGUACCUGACGGUGCUCGCGAAGGAGCACGUGGAGCUCGAGGUAACGAUGGAGUCGCUGCGGCACGAAGUCGAGGUUAAGUUUCCGGGCCUGAAGAAUCUCGACACGUUCGCCGACCUCGAGGACCCGCUGCGCCGGUCGAAGGGCGCGUACGACGAGGCGGUCCGCGGCGUCGCCGGGAUCCACGAGCUCGAGAAGUAUAAGGAGCGACGUCUUGACUUGAUACAAGACGAGACUGAAUUCGAGAAGCUGUACGCUGACGCAGCUCUGGCGCAGACGAUCUUGAUCGACGCACUGAAGACGCUCCCUGGCGACAUCUCGGAUCCGGGUGUGAAAGGGCGUGGAUCCGCGGAGCGCAAGCUCGCGGACAAGUACACCGACAAGAAUGGGGUGCCACAUCCCGAGAAGUUUCGGGAUCUAGCCCGCGCGACAGUCCUGUUCGAGAACGCCGCCGACCUUCUGAAGGUGCUGACUGAAUUGGACGGCGGCGGCCUCGGGCUGGAGAUCGCUCAAUUGAAAAACAAGUUUGCCAGCCCGACGCCGCUAGGCUACCGCGACAUGAAUUUGAACGUCAGCGUGCGCCUCGAGGACGGCCGAAAACAUCUCGCCGAGGUUCAGCUGAAUUUAAGGAGUGUCGCGGACGCGAAACAUAUCGCCCACGAGCAAUACGAAGUUAUUCGGCUCGCGUUGCCGAAGAUGUGCGAGGGAACGAGCGUCAAGGCGACCGAGCUUGAGACGUUCAUCGCCGAGCGCCUCAACUCGUCGGCGCUCGACGCGGCUGUCACUUCGCUCGAGCGGAAAGCUGGCGGGCUCAUGCUCUACGCGCGCCUCAUCGCGGACCAGCUCGCGUCCACGACGGGCAAGAUCGACUUUGCGAGCGUCGGCGCGCUGCCGGCGGGCCUCGACGAGAUCUACGCGGAGAACUUUCGGCGCGUGUUCAGUGAUGAUGGCACGUGGGGCGAUGCGCUGCCGCUGGUGGAGCUCGUGUGUGCAGCGGCAGAGCCGCUCACCGUCGACGCGGCGAGUGGUGCGCUGGGCUGGGAUCGAGCGCGGUGCAAGAAGGUCUGUGAUAGCGUGUCGCUGCUGUUCCCGCUGCGCGAGGGCGAGGUGAUCGGUGUGCUACAUAAGACCGUGACGGACUGGCUGACCGGCGAGAAGCCGUUCGACAAGCGCUCUUCGAAGGACGCGUUCUUCGUCGCGCGGGACGCGGCGCACCGGCGGCUGGCGCGGGCGUGUGCGAGGGCAAUUCGUACUGGGGUUCCGGAUACGAAGUCGCACUCGAGCGACGCUGCCGCAGAUGAGGUGCUCGCAUCGUUUGUCGAGGGCGAGGGUGGCGUGGCAUCAGAUGCUUAUGCGUUGCGUUGGAGCUUGUUUCAUAUGAAGCGAUCGGGAAACGAGGGCGAGGCCGUCGCGGUCGCCUGCAGUCUGUCGUAUGUGCUGAAGCGGAGUGACGGCGACAUUGCUUCCUUUGUGGCGGACUUGCGUGCUCUGAAGGGUCAAGACACGCUGCUGCUGUCCGACACUUUGGUGUUGUCGCGGAACGCGCUCUCGCAGGGCACGGUGCUUGUCGAGCAGUUCUGGCAACGUCUGACGCCACGCGCCGAUGCGGAAUCGUCUCCUGCAGCGCGCCGCAUGGCCGACGACGCGAAGCGAGUUGCGAGCAAGCUUCCGCUCUCGGCCGUGCGUCCGAUGGGUCUGACGGCGGCAGGUGGGGCGGAGCGGUGUCGGAUCGAGGCUCCGAGAGAAGUGAAGUGCUUGGCGACGUUCGUGGAUCCGGCGACGGGCGAGCCGCGGGUUGCUUGUGGGACGGGCGAUCACAUGCGUGGCGACGUGCGCGUCUUCGACCCGAUCACUGGUGGCGCUGCCUUGGUCGUGAUUGAUGUGGGCUCAGAGGUGAAAGCACUGGCGGUCUUCAAAGACGCGGCGACGGGCGAGCCGCGUUUGGCUUGUGGAUUAUUUUGGGAUGGGAAGGUGCUCAUCUUCGACCCGGUCGCCGGCGGCGAGGAGCUGGUCGUGAUCGACAUUGGCUCGGAGGUGUUUGCGCUGACGGUAUUCACGGACAAGACAGGAGCACAGCGGCUCGCUUGUGGUGAUGCGGACGGAAAGGUGCGCGUCUUCGAUCUGGUCGCGGGAGGCGAGGCGCUGGUUGUGCUCGACUUGGACGACUCGGCGAGCGCAUUGGCAGUCUUCACGGACCCGGCGACGGGCGCGCCGCGGCUCGCGUGCGCGUGGACGUCGGGAGAGAAGGUGCUUGUCUUCGACCCGGUCGCGGGCGGCAAUGCGCUGUUCGUGCUAGAUAUUUGCUCUGAUGGGCGGGCGAUGGCGGUCGUCCGGGCGAUGGCGGUCUUCAAGGAACCAGCGACGAGUGCGCUGAGGCUCGCGUGUGGCUCUGACGAUGGGAAGGUGCGCAUCUUCGAUGCUGUCUCUGGCGGGGACGCGCUGCUCGUGCUCGACUUGGGGUUCCUAAGAGAAGAAGCGGUGUACGCACUGGUCGUAUUUAAAGACCUGGCGACGGGUGCGCCGCGGCUCACGAGCGGAUCAUACAGCGGAAAGGUGCGCGUCUUCGACCCGGUCGCGGGAGGCGAGGCGCUGGUCGUCCUCGUGGGGCACACAGACCAAGUAUACGCUUUAACGGCCUUCGAGGACCCCGCGACGGGCGAACCGCGGCUCGUGAGCGGAUCGGAAGACAAUACCGCGCGAGUCUGGAACCCGGCGGCGAACGGCGCGGCGAUCGAGGCGGAGCCCGAGGGGCACUCUGACGACGUGGGCGCCCUGGUGACCUUUGUGGAGCCGGCGACGGGUGUGCUGCGGGUCGCGACCGGGUCCAAUGAUGAGACGAUUCGCGUGUGGAACGCGGAGACUGGCGGUGCACUGCUCGUGCUCGACGUUGGCUCGAACGUGAGUGCGCUGGCGCUUUUCGUGGACCCGGCGACGGGCGGGCCGCGGCUCGCUUGUGGUUGUGACGAUAGGAAAGUGCGUGUCAUCGACCCGGUCGCUGGCGGCGAGGCGCUGCUCGUGAUCGACGUGGGCGAGGAGGUGAACGCGCUGGCAUUCUUCGCGGACCCGGCGACGGGCGCGCCGCGGCUCGCUUGUGGUUGUGACGAUAGGAAAGUGCGUGUCAUCGACCCGGUUGCUGGUGGUGAAGCGCUGCUCGUGAUUGACGUUGACUCAAACGUGUACGCGCUGCUGGUCUUCGCGGACCCGGCGACAGGUGAAUUUCGAAUCGCUUGUGUAACCAGCUAUUAUGGGAAGGCUUGGGUGCGCAUCUACAACCCGGUCUCGGGCGGCGAGGCACUAAUCGUGAUCGAGGUAGGCUCGAUUGUGUGGGCGUUGACUGUUUUCGAAGCCCCGGCGACGGGCGCGCUUCGCCUCGCGAGCGGAUCGGACGAAAGGGACGGUUCCGUGCGCGUCUGGGACUUGGUCGCGGGCGGCGAGGUGCUGUUCGUGCUCAAGGGACACACAUCCCGAAUUGAAGCGCUGACGACCUUCGCGGACCCGGCGACGGGCGAGACGCGGCUCGUGAGCGGGUCGAAGGACAAGACUUUGCGCGUGUGGGACGCAAACAAGGGUGGUGCGGCGCUGCGGGUGGUUGCUUUUGAUGAUUAUGUGCGAGCUUUGGCGGUCAGGAGCGACACGAGCGGGCUCUUCGUAGCUUCCGGGAAGCGGUGGGGGGAGUUGCGCGUCAAGACCACCACCACGCCACUCACGCUAGCAUGCUAUCAGGGUGAUGUCGCCGCAAUAAGCGAUCUUCUUCAGGAGGGCGCUGGCGUCGACCAGCAAGAUGAUGACGGCUAUACGCCACUGUUCGUCGCGAGUUUGAAAGGGCAUGUCGACGCCGCGCGCUUGCUGCUUGAUGCGGGUGCUACGGUCGAUAAGAGGCGUGAGGGUGAUUGGUCGCCGUUUGGUAUUGCGUGCGUUCGUGGACAUCUCGACGUCGCGACGCUGUUGGUGGAGCGAGGUGCAGCUGUCAAUUUGUGCUUGGAUGGGGAGACGCCGCUUCUUGUUGCUUACCGGAAGGGGGGGCUCGAUCUAAUGCAGUUAUGUCUCGAGCACGGCGCUGAUGUGAAUUUGGCCGACAAAGAGGGUACUACGGUUCUGUACGACGCAUGCAAAAACGGUCACGUCGGCGCGGCGCGGUUGUUGCUGGACAAAGGAGCGGAGGUCGACCGUGCGGACGAGGACGGCUUUACGCAGCUAUGGAGAGCAUGCAGGGGGGGUCACGUCGACGUGGCGCGGCUGUUGUUAGAUAAAGGCGCGGAUGUCGAUCGGGCGGAGGAGGACGGAUGGACGCCGCUGUUCACCGCCUGCUCGAACGGCCACGUCGAGGUGGCGCGGCUGUUGCUGGACAACGGUGCCGAAGCCGACCGCGUGCGCAACGACGGCGCGACACCACUCGGCGUGGCUUGCAAGAAUGGGCAUGGCGACGUCGAGCAAUUGUUGCGGGCAAAUGGGGCCCAAAUCAACGAAGCUGGAGAAGACUCUGAUUGUGAUUACUAG